AUGGCAGUGUGCGUAUUAGAGAGCAGAGGUUCGCCACUAUAUAAUCUCGAUCGUGAUAUGGAUGAUUUUCCAUUUGAGUUUUACGUUGUGUUGAACCAAACUCCAAGAGAAGCAUUACAUUCUUUUGGAAGUGUUGGUAAAUUAGCAGUUGAGACAAGUAUUAUUGGUCUGCUGAUAGGAACUUGUGUAGCUUUCUAUGUUAUUAUUGGAGAUCUAGGUCCAUCCAUUGUUUCUAAAUGGUUUGGUUUCGAGAACUCAUGGAGUUUACGAACUGGACUAUUAAUAAUACUUUCACUAUGUGUAGUGAUGCCGCUAGGGAUGUUACGACGAGUAGAACAGCUGAGUAGUAUAAGUGCCUUGUCUUUGUCAUUUUAUACUGUAUUGAUUGCACAGAUUGUUUUGAUAAGUUUUCCUACAUUACUGUCGUUUUCCUGGGUUUCCUACGCCAGAUACUGGAGACCCGAAGGGCUUUUUAAAUGCCUAUCUAUAUUUGCACUGGCAUUUGUUUGUCAUACACAAGUAUUUGUAGUUUAUGAGUCAUUACCUGACAGGACAGAAAGAAAAAUGAAUGACGUUGUAAAGGGAGCCGUCAAUAUGGUAACAUUUUGUUACAUUAUGGUUGGCUUCUUUGGUUACGUUGCUUUCUGUGAACAAGGCAUCAAAGGAGAUAUUUUGAUGAAUUUCAAGACAUCUUUUGUAAAUGACCUCUUGAAGUUAGGUUUCGUUGUCUCUGUUGUGCUCAGUUUUCCCAUGAUGAUAUUUCCCUGCAGAGCGAGUAUCAAUACACUUCUAUCGGGAUCCGAGGGAGUAUCUUUGGAGAAUCCCGGUGGAGGACAUGAACACAUUCCAUCUAAUAGAUUUAAAGGGAUCACAGUGUUUAUAGUAAUACUUACACUUAUAAUAGGAAUCGCUAUUCCAAAUGUGGAAACCAUAUUAGGCCUGACUGGAGCCACAACCGGCAUUAUGAUAGGAUUUAUCUUUCCAGCCACAAUGUUUCUUAAAUGUUUACCAAAGGGUCCAGGUGUCAAAUCAGCUCAGCUUGUUUUGUUUCUUGGAAUCAUAAUAAUGUUUGCCAGUACAUAUUCCACAUUGAUGAGCCGACCCGAUGUGAGCCAGGCCGUUGAGCCCGCCAACAUUCCAGACUUUGAUGUUGAAAAACUGAAAAUAAAUGAACCUGUCAACCUAGUGGAAGAAGAGAUAGGUAACAGAGAAGUUGUGUUACCAGAUGGUGAUGAUGUUAUAAAAGACACUGAGAAUGAAAAUGCAUAUGAGCAAAUGGAUACAGGUAAUGGUGAUGGAAUAGCAGCCGUAGAGCAUGCUAAGUCGCUUGUAGUUGAGGGGAAGGGUGAAGAGAAAUUGCAUGCUGGGAAAUUAGAAGAUGACAAUGUGGAUGUGCUGGUAGAUGAGAAUGUUGGGGAACGAGGUAAAAGAGUUGAAGUGUUUGAAGGCAUAAGACAGGAGCCGCCGGUACCACAUGCACCUAAUGACAGUGAGGAAAAAGAAAAUGGAGUCAACAUCCAAGAGAAAAAAGACCUCCCAGAUGAUAAAUUUGAACUUGUGAUGCCAGAAGUACAACAAAUCCAAGGAGGACCGGAUGACCGGGGACCGAAUGGACAAGAAAUAGCUGAUUUGGGUGAGAAGAAAGAGCAUGUCAUUGAUGAGGAUGAUGACGAGGCUCACAAACGACUCGAGGAAAAAGUAGAAGAGAAAGUGAAGGAACAAGAACAGAAACAUGAGGAGCAGCAAAAAAUGAUUGACAAUCUUCAGGAGAAACAAGACAAACAAGAGAAAAUAAUAGAACAACAACAAGAAAUUAUAGAUCAGUUAAAGAAACAACAUGAUUCUAUUGAAGUCGACGAAAAGAAUCCAAAUCCACAAGCUCAGGACAGUAAACAUGAAGUUAAUGUUGCAGCUCCUGCACAACAUGAACCAGGUCUAGUUGAUCCAGCAAAAGUGAAUGCACCUGACAAGCAGUCAAAUGAUAUCAAUCCAGUUGUUGCUAAAAUAGAUGCAGAACAACUUGUGCAUCAUGCAAUUGAUCAAAAUGUGCAGCCAGCAGACGGAUUGAAGCUUUUAGAUGGACUCAAAAUGCCACAGGACGAUAUACAAAAGAUGAGACAAGAUAUACAGCCGCAGCAAAGGGACAUACUUAAUGUGAAUGAUGCUGAAAUUAGGCAUGAUGACAAGAAAUUUGUGGAGAGUCCUGGAGAGAAAAAAGUUGAGGUAGGCAAAGAUGAAUCCCAUCACUUCAAGAGAGAGGCUGGUGAUGAACCAGAUGAUCACAUCAAUAGAUCAAAAAGAGAUAUGGAUGAUGAUGAUGAUGAUGAUGAUGAUAAAGUAGAUGAUAUCAGAAAGGAUGUGGAUGUUAAAAGAAAUGAAGAAGAAGACAAUGCCAUGAAUUUAGAAGACAUCCUCUACAAGGAUCACUUAGAAAACUUACAAAAUGGCGCAGAAGAAAAAAAUGAACAUGCAUUAUCAAACAAUUUGGAAGUGAAAGAAGAUAAUAGUAAAAUAGAGAAUCAAAAUGCUGGUGCUAGUAACAAUGGCAACAACCAUGCAAGAAAAGAGGAAGUCAGAAGGUAAUGAUGUCACUAGUUCUUCAACACAAUAGUUGGUGAUGUCACCAUCUUUCAAACCCAGAAAGCAAUGACAUCACAAGUUUUUCAACACAGAAGGUGAUGUUGCCAGUCUACACACC